CCGCGCGUUUAGUGGUCUAGAUGGUGAACACGCUGACGGUUAUGACUGUUUGAAUGGGCAUGGGACAAGUAUGGUCAGUGCCCCGAGACCAUGGUGCUUCUGCUACUGGUGGACUGCGCUCAGCGUCUUCUCAACAGUGUGGAGCGGCGGAUUAGAUUUGCAGGGGCCCAUUUUCGUGCAAGAACCGCCACACCGAGUCGAGUUCAGCAACAGUUCCGGGGGCCGUGUGGACUGCACAGCCCAAGGGAGUCCCUUUCCAGAAGUGGAAUGGGUCUUCGCGGACGGAUCGCCCGUGAGACAGAUUCCGGAAUUGCGGCAAAUCUUUCCCAACGGCUCUCUAUAUUUUCCUCCUUUCCCAAGUGAUAGAUACCGACACGACGUCCACUCGGCUUUAUACAAGUGUAAGCUGCAGAGUGCUUUAGGGACAGUCCUUAGCCGAGACGUCCACGUAAAAGCGGUUGUAAAGCAAAAAUACGAUAUUCAAGUCCACGACGUGUACGUGAUAUCCGGGAACACGGCCGUCCUAAAAUGCAAGAUUCCAAGCUAUGUGGCCGAAUACGUGAUGGUCACUUCCUGGGUACAAGAUGGCAACAUAAACAUCUAUCCGAACACCGAUAUCGGUGGAAAAUACGUUGUACUUGGAAACGGAGAUUUGUACAUAAGCAACGCCGAUCCAAGCGAUGGUUACAAGACGUACGCUUGCAGAUCUGUUCAUCGUCUGACAGGAGAAGUACAAAUAUCGAACUAUCCCAGCAGGAUUAUCGUAACCGAGCCGAAAGAUCCCGCCGCACCUAGGAUAACCGUCGACAAGUACAAUGCACGUCGCGUUGCCCUCGGCGAGGACGUGACGAUGCCUUGUGUUGCACAAGGACAUCCGGUCCCAACGUACCACUGGAAAAGGGAACUUCAGGGCCAGACCGUACCUGUUGCAUUGGGCGAACGACUUUCGAUGAUCUCAGCAGGAUUACUUAAAAUAUCCAAGGUUCGAUUGGAAGAUAGAGGUGUUUAUAUAUGUUACGCAAAUAAUUCGGCAGGUGAAGAAAACGUGAGGGUAACUUUAGAAAUAACGGCCCCAUUAUCGGCUCACGUGCAACCCCAAGUUCAAAUUGUCGAUGUAGGAAAAGAAGCGAAUUUUCAAUGCAUAAUUAAUGGUUACCCGGUGUCCCAAGUUUCAUGGCUUCAUAAUGGAAAACCCGUAGCGCCCGAUAAUAGAGUUGAAUUAAUGGUAGAACCACCUAGAUUAACGAUAAAACGAUUGGACAAAGACGAUCGCGGUAUGUAUCAAUGUUUAGCGAGUAACAAUUGGGAUCAAGCCCAAGCGACGGCCGAAUUGGAUAUGGGUGAUGCGGGACCAGAACUGAUAUAUUCCUUUUCCGAGCAAACCCUUCAACCAGGUCCAAUGGUUUCGUUAAAAUGUGUAGCUUCCGGAAAUCCACCGCCUCAAUUCACUUGGGCUUUGGACGGGUUUCCAAUUCCGGAAGAUCAUCGAUUUUUAGUCGGACAAUAUGUUACAAUUCAAGAUGAUGUAAUCAGUCACGUAAAUAUAACUAGUGUAAAAAGCGAAGAUGGUGGGGAAUACACGUGUACGGCUCACAACAGCGUUGGAAAAAUAUCGCAUAGUGAAAGAGUGAAUGUUUUUGGAUUACCAUAUAUACGUGAAAUGCCAAAAGUAACCGGAAUAGCCGGAAGUAGGUUAACUAUUAAAUGUCCCGUAGCUGGACAUCCAAUAGAAACAGUCACUUGGGAACGCGAAGGAAAACUUUUGCCUGUAAAUAGCAGGCAAAAAGUUUACGCAAAUGGGACUUUAGUUGUUGAACAAACCCAAAGAACCGAAGAUGCCGGAACGUACACGUGCCAAGCACAAAAUAGACAGAGGAAUUCAGCCCGUAGAGACGUCGAAGUGCAGGUCAUCGUACCGCCGGAAAUCCUGCCAAUCAAUCCCAUGGUGAAUUUAUUGAGCGAAGGGAUGCGAGCUGCGAUCACCUGUCACAUCAUGAAGGGGGACUUACCCAUCACCUUUCGAUGGGAACGCAAUGGUAAGCCGGUGUCGAACAACGUCGCCUUGGGGACUACCGUCCGUAGGAUCGACGAGUUCUCCUCCUCUCUGAGUAUCGACCGUGUUGCUUCCGCCCACAGCGGAAACUACACCUGUAUAGCGAGCAACGUGGCCGGAGCCGAGAAAUAUGUUGUACCUCUCACGGUCAAUGUUCCUCCAAAAUGGACUGUAGAACCAGCGGAUGCAAGUGUAGCUGCUGGUCAAGAAGCAAGUCUUCACUGCCAAGCUGAAGGUUAUCCAGCUCCUGUAAUAACAUGGAAAAAAGCUGUGGGACAACAACCAGGUGAGUACAAAGAUUUUUUGUACGAACCAAAAGUGCAUCAAUACCAUAACGGAACGCUCAAAUUCGAACACGUCUCCAAAGAAAACGAAGGUCAUUAUUUAUGCGAAGCCAAAAAUAACAUUGGUACUGGAGUUAGUAAAGUAAUUUUUCUAAAAGUAAACGCACCAGCUCAUUUUCUUCAAAAAAGUAAACAAGUUCAAGUUGUGAAAGGUGAACAAGCACACCUUCAAUGUUCAGCUUUAGGUGAUACUCCAAUGGAAAUAAUGUGGAUGAUGGGUAAACAAAGUAUAGCUGGAGAUGGUGACCAACGAUAUACCAUAAGAGAACAAGCUCUCGCUGAAGGAAUGGUGUCUGAACUUGGUAUCGAAAGAACGAUUCGUCAAGAUUCGGGAAUAUUUACAUGUUCAGCAACUAAUGCUUACGGCCAUGACCAAAUGGCCAUUCAUCUUGUGAUUCAAGAAAUUCCCGAACCGCCUAGAAACGUAAGAGUUGUAGAACAAUUCAGUAAAUCGAUUGGUUUAUCUUGGACGUCUGGUUACGCUGGAAAUAGUCCGAUAAAUAAUUAUAUCGUGCAAUAUAAACUUGGUUCGGAUUCUUGGCCAAACCAACCAUUAAAAAUAACCGUUCCGGGACCUCAAACUUCGACUACUUUACACAAUCUUCGACCUUCUCAGGUGUAUCAUAUCAGAGUUUUAUCAGAAAAUCGUUUGGGACUUAGCGAACCUAGUCAAAUCGUUCAAGUAAGCACUCUAGAAGAAGUCCCAAGUGGAUCACCUUUAGAUAUUAGAGCAGAAGCUAAAAGUUCGACUGAGAUAGUUGUAACUUGGGAACCUCCGCAAAGAGAUACGUGGAACGGGAAUCUUUUGGGUUACCAUAUCGGUUAUCAACCAGUUUCUGAUUCAACCUCGCAAGAAUCCGAUACAUAUACAUUUAAAAGUGUUGAAGUUCGAGCUCAUUUCGGUGGUGAAGCUACGUUGCAGGGGUUGGCUAAAUUUACCACUUACAACAUUAUUGUACAAGCAUAUAAUAGCAGAGGAUCUGGUCCGGCAACUGAUCCAAUCACGGCGAGAACUCUCGAAGAUACCCCAUCACUACCACCAGAAAACAUUCAAUGUUCUGUUCUCAGUGCGCAAAGUAUUCGAAUAACUUGGGAACCUCCAUUAUUAGAUGGAAGAAAUGGUAAAAUUCUUGGGUAUAAAAUAACAUAUCACUCAGUGGGUGAAUGGUUUGACAAUGACGAUCAAGAAACGAAAGUCAUCUCUUUUAAAUACACAACUUUAACGGGUCUACAAAAAUACACCAAUUAUAGCAUAACAACUCUAGCUUAUACAACUAUAGGUGAUGGAGUUCGAUCAGAACCGAUUUAUUGCCACACUGAUGAAGACGUUCCAAACGCACCAGCUGAUAUAAAAGCUGUGUUAAGUGCCCCCAACAAAAUCUUAGUAUCAUGGUUACCUCCAACACACAGUAACGGAAUUUUAGUAGGUUAUACUUUUUAUAUGAGUACGUUAGAAGAUGGCAGAGAAGAAGGUACUCAUAAAAGACUUUUAAAUGCGGAUACGGAAAUGCACGAAAUCGAUAGGAUGCAACCCACUGCAACUUGUCAGUUUUGGGUUACAUCUUCAACAAAGGUUGGUGAAGGUGAGAGUAGUCACGUUGUAACCAUAUCACUAUCAAAAACUGUUCCUGCAAAAAUAGCAUCGUUUGGAAGAGAAAUUUUAAGCGCUUGGAAACAAGACAUUAAACUCCCUUGUAAAAAAGUUGGAAUACCUGCCCCAGCUGUCGUUUGGAGAGUUAAUGAUUUACCAUUAGAAAUCGGCGGUCGACGUUCGAUAACUCCCAAUUCCACUUUAAUCAUAAAAGACGUUCAAAGCGUCGAUCAAGCAAAUUAUUCCUGCAGCGUUGCCAAUGAAUAUGGAAAAGAUAUAAUCGUGUAUUCUUUGAGAAUACUCGUUCCUCCCGAAGCACCAGAUCUAAAAGUUCUUGAAUCAUUCACAGAUAGUUUACAUUUGAAAUGGGUGGAUCAAAAGAAUGGUGGUUCUCCCAUUUUGGGGUAUGUAAUUAAUUACAAACGCGAUCACGGUGAUUGGGAGGAAUUGCAAAUAUCUGCACGAACAGAUGAGUAUGUUUUAAGAAAUUUAUGGUGUGGAACAAAAUAUAUGUUGUAUAUCACUGCAUUUAAUCGAAUCGGAACUGGACUUCCUUGUGAUAUUGUUACCGCCCAUACAAAAGGAACGGUUCCAGUAAAACCAAAACAAUCCCAAAUGUUAACAAUGAACGCAACAGUAGGAACGGUUUGGUUAGAUUCUUGGGGUGAUGGAGGAUGUGGAAUUUUAUAUUUCGUCAUAGAAUAUAGAUCGGGAAGAAGUGCUUCUUGGUUAAUGGCCGCAAACCAUGUAAAACCAACAGAAAGAAUUUUUAGUGUAACCGAACUUUGGCCAGGAACAAGCUAUCAAAUACGAGUUACCGCUUAUAAUAACGCUGGUGAUACAUCAGCUAUUUAUAAUUUUACAACUCUAACAGUUCAAGGAGCUGUUCCAGAAUUAUCGCCACCAGUUUCGCAUUCCGGUGACCAUCCAUUCGCAAACGUUCGCGUUCUUCUACCAAUUUUUCUAUCACUCUUAGUGCUUACAGCAUUAAUCGGAGCCCUAUUUUGGAGAAGAAAAGUUCAAAGAGAACGUGAAAACACUCAACAGACCAUCGGGGAGUCACCAUCGAUGGCCCAAAUUCAAAACAAACAAAAUCGCGAUCAACAAUACUUAGCUGUUCGAGCCGGCAGAGGACAACAUCACCUUCCCGUUGAGACAGACACCUUUAAAAGUGACACGGCAUCAGCAGACUACAUCGAAGAUAUUUGUCCAUACGCGACGUUCCAGCUAUCGAAACCGGCUUACAGCGAGAGUUCUUACAGCGGGAACGUGUACAGUGGGCCGUACCAUUCGGUACGAGGGUCUUUUGUCUAUCACGAUGUUAAACCUCCACCUAUUGAUAAGUUUAAUUUAGGACGUAAUAAAGAACCUGAAUAUAGUAAGGUGAGAAGGAAAGGUGGAAGGUUAAGAGAUCCUCAUUCAGAAAGUCAAGAAUCUGAUAACCUGGGCAGCACUGACUCGGAGGUCAAGAAGAUUUUAACUCUACACCUCCCUAUUUCAGAAUACGACACGCUUGGUAGCGAUUCUGAAGGAGACGGUCGCGCUACCAGCCAGGAAUUGAUGACCUUCACUCACCGAAUGCGUGGUGGUGCUGAAGGUUCUAGUUCUUCAUCGGAAACAUCUCCACCAUCAGGAAGCGUAGGUAGAAAACCUUACCCUUCGCGAAAAGGAAAAUCGAAAGCGAUUGCGAUGAGUAAACGCCACGUGAGAAGUAGCAGCGGAUAUUCGAGUCACAACGAUGAAACAACUUUUAGCAUAUCGCACGCGGCUAGUUUUAACGAACGUAUCCAUCCCCCAACUAGAUUCUCCGACCUGAAUCCUCGCGAACUGAACGAGGCCGAAUGUGAAAAAGGGCACAAGCACGGUAGAGGACUCUCCAAAUUAAAUAGGGAAGCGUUCCAAAUUAACGUCUAGGCUAAGACUGAGUCCAAUGAAGAAGGUUAUUUAUGGUACUAAGAAAAAUUGAGCAAAUAAAAAUUAAAGAAAAUAUUGAUUCCCCAAAAUAUUCGCAAUUUACAAAAAAAAAUUAGUAAAACUUCAGUUUUUCUAUGCUCAUCCGUAAAAGUAAGUCGUGUAAACUUGAGUGUGUACAGAGGACAUAUCUGUAAACGAUUUUAGCAUUAAAUUGAAUGUUUAUACAAUGAGGUUUGUAUUGGAAAUUUUUUGAAUGAGUACAGGAGUUGAUUUUUUAAGGAAAAUUUGGAAUGGGAUUAGGUAAGAGUCUUGUUUUUUAAUGAUCUAGAGUAGAAUACAUAUCAACUUUUUAAGUACGAAUUUAUAAAUAUGAUACAAAUUCGUGCUUAAAAUAACACAAAAAUUAAUUCUUCAGACAAUCUUUUUUAUAAUACAACUCUAGUACUCAUUUAAUGAUACUAACCCAAACCAUUUUUGACUGUUAACUGUAUUCCCACAAAAAAAUUGUCACAAGCACAUAAAAAAAACAUUUACUGUAUCUUCAACCAAAAAAAAAAAAAAA